UGCGUGGCAGGCAAUAGGAGGCUGAGGAGAAAAACUGACACGUGGAUUACUCCUCCUUGGGCAUCAGGAAAAACAGACCACCUCCUCUAGCUCAGCUUCGUCACCAUCGUCUGUGUUCCUGUUAAUCCAGUUUCACAGGUUAUGGAUUAAAACAUCGCAAACCCGAGAUGUGAUUGCGCAAAUACUUUCGAGAGAAGAUUUGUUUUGUUUCUAAACGUUUCCUACUUUACUCUGAUCGACCGGAAAAAGAUCGACAGUAAACAGCCGGAUCGGUUGAAAGGAGGCUGCUGUUACCUCGCGUUGAAUGGCAGUUAUUCAAAAAUAUGGCAAGAACUAUAGUCCAGAUUUGGUCUGUCACAAGGAAAACCAUCCGCCUGACAAGAUCGGAGCACCUGGAUGUCACAAAAAGUGGCCUGAACACAACACCAACUGGUCAAGGCCAGUGGCGAGGGUAUGGACGGUGGUGCUACUGCUUGGGACAUGCCUCCUCUACUGCGCCCGUGUGGCGAUGCCCAUCUGCGCCGUCAGCAUGGCAGAGCAGUUCAACUGGAGCAAGAGGGAAUCCGGCAUGGUCCUGGGGAGCUUCUUCUGGGGUUACUGCUUCACCCAAGUGUUCGGCGGUUACGUCAGUGACCGGGUUGGAGGUGAGAAGGUCCUCCUGCUGUCUGCAGCAGCCUGGGGGUCGAUGACAGCCUUCACCCCCAUCCUGGCCCACUUCUGCUCCCAGCCAAUCCUCUCCAUGACACUGGCCCGCUUCCUCAUGGGCUUGUUGCAAGGAGUUCAUUACCCUUCUCUGGCAAGUCUGUGCUCUCAAAAGGUGGUGGAAAGUGAGAGAGGCUUCCUCAUGAGCACCGUGGGUAGUGGCUCCUACCUGGGCACUCUGGUGAUUGGAGGGGCUGGCUCCCUCAUGUUGGACCUGUAUGGCUGGGAGAGCGUUUUCUACGUGUCUGGUCUCCUCUCAGUCCUGUGGGCCUACUGUAUGUGGAAAUAUCUGCUCAAAGGAGAAGGGCCUAUCAUCACCCUGGAGUCCCUGGGAAGUAGUGGGCCCCAGUCCAAACUGUCCAAAAGACAUUGGUUACGUCUCCUCAAACAACCUGCAGUCUGUGCUGUGAUCAUUACGCACCUUUGCACAGCGAGCACCUUCUUCACUCUUCUGUCGUGGCUGCCAACAUUCUUUAAAGACACUUUCCCCGAUGCCAAGGGUUGGGUGUUCAAUGUCAUUCCCUGGUUGGUGGCUAUACCCUCAUCCCUCUUUAGUGGCUGUCUAUCUGACCACCUCAUCAGUCAAGGCUUUGAUACAGCCUCAGUGAGGAAGUUGAUGCAGUUUUUCUCCAUGGGUGUGUCCAGUGUGUUUACCCUUCUUCUAUGUGGCACCACCACCUUCCCCUGGGCUGUAGCAUUUGUGUCUGCCACCAUGGGCCUCACCACCUUCAGUCACAGCGGUGUAUCUGUAAAUGUUCAAGAUCUUGCUCCUUCCUGUGCUGGAGCAUUGUUUGGUGUUAUGAAUACAUGUGGUGCUUUCUUAGGGGUCCUAAUGGUGUAUUUCUCGGGGUAUCUCAUCGAGUCCACAGGCUCGUGGGCGACUGUGUUUGCCCUUAUCACCACAGUCAACCUGCUAGGUCUGUGCACCUUCCUGGCCUUCGCUGAGGCCCGCCGGGUCGACAUUGACUCUAGUAAGGUCCGCCACCACAACAUCCACAUCUAAAUCAUCAAGUCAUCAGAGGGACUAGAAUGCUAUUCCCAAGGGAGAUACGACCUUGGGCAACCAGCAGCUUGGAGAACAUUGGAGAACUAGCCAAUGAAUAGCAAUUGGCACACGGAUAAAGCCUGCUUAUAAGAUCUCGAAAACUUUGCUUGGCUCUGUGUCUGGUUGAGGAAGUACUGCAACAGUUACUGAAAAGCACACAACAGAGCCUGCACAAUGUUACUGAAAAAUCUUGUGGAGCUAGAGCGUUAAAUCCUAGAAAAACACAGCUUAGCUGUUAUAGGAUUCUCUAUCAGCUCAAGGUGGAAUGGGAAAGGUCACAGGAGAAAAACAUCUACACUACCUCCAGGUCCCAGCUUGUGCAGCAUGUGGUGGUGAAACAGUUGCUGGGCUACUGUUUCCGCUUGUCAUUUGUUACUUGGAACUAGAUGUAAUGAAAAUUGUUAUUCAGUGUGUUUGUGUGCGUGUCGAAGGAUCUGUGAGAGUGAUGGAUGUGUUAGUCUCAGGAGCUCUGUGACAGUUGUGACAGACCAAGGUGGUGUGUUCUUACCCUGCGGGGAUGGGGGAGGUGGUGUGGGCACAUGUGGGUGACGCAGGGAGAGUCCAACCUCUCGUACCUGAAGUCUUUUAUUAGAGCGCCACACUCACUGAGUGUACUGUCUGAGUGACACCUCAUUACCCAGCCACUAAUUACUUGGCGGGCACUAAUGUCCUGCACGAUUUACCUUCUACAGUCCCUAUCUCCAUGGUUACAACCUCAUCUUAUCUUCAAGGUUUGGUGAAAGGUGUCAUGGUAACCUUUUUGGCAACUAGGCUUUCUCUGAGUGAGUUCUCCCUGUUUGACGUCUCGAAGAAUAUGCUUUUCGAGUAGGAAGACCAAAGUUUAUUAAUUAUUAUUUUCUUUCUAUGUGAUUGCAUGUAAUAGAAAUACCUCACUUAAUUAUUUUGAGUAAUUAUAUAUUUAUAUGGCUUAAUGAUUUAUUUUUUUGUCAAUUUCAAGUUUUUUUUAGAAGACAAAAAGAAAUAUAUUAGGUAGGAUGACAGAAAAUCUUAGUAAGUUAUAAAAAGUGUAAUGCAGUAUAAAUAACCCUAAUAGACCUUUCUGCAGGUCUAGUUUCCUCACUUAUUCUUCUUUGCUGACCUGCACUUUCCUGUCUAAGGAGACGGGUUUGGUGGAAAGAAACUCCAUAUUAUCACCUUAGAGAAAACUGCACAGGCAGAUGAGCAGGAUCUCCAACUUUUUUUGUGUAAAAAGAUCCAAACUUAUUAUUGCACUUGACAUCAUUAUUACCUAGGUGCUAGACAGGAAGUGAUGUCAGUAUAUGGGAAGGAGAGUUAGCACAGGAGGGAGCCCAUUCACUUGUCAUGGUGGUGUCAGAGGCAGUGUAUCUCAACUAUGUCUCAUUAAGGCAGAUUGAAAUACACACUAACAAGAUGAAUGACAGGUGAGAGAUUUAAAAAUUAUGUCUUGGGUUCAGUACAGUUGAGGAACUGGAGAACAUUUGGUGUAUUGAUAUUACUGCAAAGUAUGUAGCAACAUGAAGCUAGCUACAUAGCUCUGGCUGAAUGUUGAAGUGAUUGUAGCAUUUAGCUUUGGUGUUCACAGCACAGUUUCUGUUUGACAUUUAGAAGAUUUCUUUUUCAAUCUAGAUGCUUACUUGACAUGUGUACCUUGAUUCUAUGCAUUUAUUAUUUUGUGCCUGAUUUCAGCAAUGAGAGAAUUGUAAGAUAUGCUCACAGUGUCAUUUAUUGAUCAUUGUACAUCGCUACUUUUUUGCCUUUGUUGUGGGAGUUUUGUUGCUUCUGUGUAACUUAUAUUAUUGUUGUUCACAUACAAAGGCAUGUAGGCUUACGUUGUCUUGGAUGUUUUCUAUAAACACUUGGAAGUGUCUCCUUUGGUUCAAUAUUUUGUCAGUGCAGAUUUGAUUUCUGAAAUGCCAAAUAUGUUAUUUACAUUGUUAUGGUGGUCUGUGCUUGCAAAAAUGUGGGCAUAAGAAAUGAAUUGAAUUCAUAUUCAAACAUUUGCUCUCUUUCAGAGUAAAGAUACAUUUUUCUGUACAUCAAACAUAUUUAGAUGAUCUGUUUGUGUGUUACAAAGACACAUAAACCUACUGACUAUGUAGAAUAAUUUAUUUUGAUAUCUGAUCUGAAAUUUGAUCUAUGCCGACUGUCACUUUGCACCUGCUCUAUAUGUUGUAGUGAUCGUACACAAAGUGUAUGCCUAGACCUUUCCGAUACACAAUUUAUCUACAUAAGACCACUGUACAAAAUACUCAGCCUUCAAUAUAUUUUUUCAGCCCUUUUUUGUCAAACCAAAGCAGCACAUUCUGCAAAUGAUUUACUCGCCUUAGCAGAUUUACUGCCUUCAUUGCUUGUCCAUUUUUUUCUGUUACUGUGUUGACAUUCUGCAACAUGUAAACAUUUACAUGACCAAUAGCUUGAGUUCUGUUCACCAACAUAUCUCACUGUAGGCUCCUGAAAGCCUUCUGACAGAUUUUGAUAACAUGCCAGAUAUGUAUGAUAAAAAAAAUUACAUUAAUGCAAGAAAAUGCAGUAUUCUAAUGGUUUGAAAAUAUGUUGUAUUUAAAAGCAUAUGUUAACUUUGAAUAAAAAUAUAUUUUGUCAGCAA